AUGGGACAAGAAAAGAGCCUGGCUCCGAUCAUUAGAAGGUCAUUAGGGUUUGUGAAGAUCAUUGGUUUCAUAGGACUCAUCGCUGUCGCGGCAAGAGUGAAUUCCGAGGAUGCAUUUGGAGAGCCGGCGUACGGGAUUCUGUGCAUAAGCGAAUGCCCGACAUGCCCCACCAUCUGCUCGCCGCCGCCGCCUCCGCCAUCGUCCAAGUCAUAUCCCACUCUUCCUCCCUCUCCACUAUUACCGUUGCCAUUGCCGUCGCCGCCACUUUCUCACUCUCCGCCUCCAUAUGUCUACACUAACCCGCCAUUGCCUCCACUACGUUCAUUGCCUCCGCCACCUACGUCGUCACCGACGCUGCCGACGCCACAGGCACCCGAAAUGUAUCCCGUAUGGGGUCCUCCCCCUUUGCCGCCGCCUCAGCCACCCAAUAUAUAUCCCGUGUGGGGUGCUCCCUUCGCCGCCUUACAAGUCCGAUAA